AUGGACGUGGAGCAGAUGCGAGAGGAGGUGGAGCGGCUUCUCCAGCGCUAUGCGGACGAGACCACGACAACAGAAGAAGGGGGCCGCCAGGAGCAGCAGGACCACCGGUCGAUCGAGGUCGUGGCCGGAGCCACUACGCAGGGGGUGCGCGGUAGGCCGCGGCUGCUGUUUUGCGGGGUGGUCGCCGGCCCCUUCGCCCACGGCCUGCUCCUGCCCCACGAGCCCCCGCCCUCUCCCGUGGAGGUCUACGCGGUGUGCGUGGUGCCGACAGAGAGCCUGCUCACGAUCGAGGCCAUCGACGUCAACAUCAAGGAGUGGACGCUCACCCACAAGCAGGCGGGCUACUCGAUUCGCGUCGAUGAAAUCGCAAAGUUCUGCCACCUGGUGCUCAAUGCAAACGCAAUGGCGGUUGAGACCCUCUACGCCGAAGCUCACUGCUGGCAAAGCGACGAGUGGCGCGAUCUCAAAGCCCGGUAUCGGGACCAGUUGAUCACGGACAACACGAUCACCAAGCUCCUGGGUCCCGCCAAGGUGCGCUUCCUGAGGAGCGGCCAGUCGGUCCGAUACGCGUGCCAGGACCACCUGACCAAGAAGGAGAAGCGGCGCAAGCAGAAGGAGAAGCAGCAGCGAAGGAAAGAGGAGGCCGAGCGCAAGCAAAAGGCCAAAGCGUCCAAGGUCUCUCCGCUGUUCGCUACCACCACGAACCCUCAGACGAAGGAUCGAUCGGAGGAGAGGCAGCAGGAGCUCGCCAAGAUCGAGGAGACGAUGCGCCUGCGCGCCGAGCAACGGCGCAAGAAGGCCGAGGAGCGCAAGGAGCGCGAGCUGGCCAAGCAGGCCUCCGGCGCCGGCACCACCGCCGAGACCACCACUCUCCCUGUGACGGCGGCACCGAGAGGCGAGGAGCCGUACAAUCACGUCCGGCUGAUCUUCCAGGCGAACCGUAUCCUGGCUGGGCGCGACCUGGUGCUCGACCUGGAGGGCGACCCGGCCGCCCAGGCCGAGCGAGACCUGCUGCUCGCGAUUCGCCGGAAAAGCUUCAAGUCCGGCCCGGACGACGACGACAAGAACGAAAGCGAAGAAGAAGAAGACGAAAGCGAAGCGAGGAAGAAAAAGAACGAAGACGAAGACGAUGUCGAAAAGAUCGAUGAAGAGGAGUUGAUGAGGGAGAUGGUGUGCAAGGUCGAGCGCGCGGUGGAGGCCAAGGAGGGCCUCGCGUGGAAGGACGGGGUCGAUCGGCCCUACAACGUGCCCAAGACGCUGCUCGACCCGUGGAUCGUCGCCCUGCGACGGAAGGGGCGCUUCUUUUGGCUGCACGGCCGCGCGCCCACCGAAGUCUCGAGCGAGUGA